AUGCGCGUGCUACGCACAUACCUGGCAGUUCCAGCUUAUUCAAUGGGACCCGUGUCAAGGGGAGCUGACGUGUCACCGCCGGAGAAAAGGGAAGAAGAUUCAUCGCGGAAAGUGAUAGUGCCUGAGGGCAAGGGAUGGCGUCAGUGCUGGUCGUAUGUGGGCCCAGGCUUCCUUGUCGCCAUAGCUUAUAUCGACCCCGGCAACUUUGAGAGCGAUUUGAAGGCGGGAGCUGCAUACAAAUUCACGCUCCUUUGGGCCCUUCUGCUUGCCUCGAUAGCAGGCCUCUUCAUACAGUCACUCUCAGCCAACCUCGGGAUUGUCACAGGCAAGCAUUUGGCGCAGCAUUGCCGCCUGGAGUACCCCGCGGGUCUCAACGUGGUGCUGUGGCUCAUUGCAGAGAUCAACGUCAUCGCCAGCGACAUUCCCCAAGGUGACCUUCCUGCCUAUUCUGUCAGCGACAUUCCGCAGCCCGUGAGUCAGCUUGAUCCUUCUCACCGCGCCCCUUCUCUUCUCUCCUCCCUUCAGUUCCAUCCUUCUUCAGAGCCCUCGCUUUCAAACUCUUCACCUCCCUGCCUGCCUCCCUUCCUCGGCUUUCCAACCCCCCUCGCCUUCUCUCUCAAUUAG